GGGAUACGUUAUCCUCUUACGUUUGUUGGCUGGGUCUAUAGUAGCACGUUAGGGAGAGAGAAAGAGCGAACGGUUUGUCUUGAAUGGUCACAGCCCACUAAACGCUUGUGACGGAGAAAACAAAACCAAACCGACGUGGAAAGCACAGUUUUGUUUUCCUCCCCUCUGCUUUACUUUCGUUUCUUCCUGUUCUGUGGCUUUCCUCGGCUUGCCAGAGGGCAGGCGCUCUGAGCGUCUGUGUAUGUGUGCGUCCCAGCGUUGAUCAUUCUUCUGUCUGUCUCUGCGCGCCCAUCAUGAACACACUCCCAGCGUACUCUGGAGCCAGGAUCUCAGGCUGCUGGGCUCUUAGGGCAGAUGGAAGUGGCGGUGGGGAAGGCUCUCUGGACAGGCUCCUCCCAUCUGUCAACACCAGCCUGUCGCCACGAAAACGAACCACCAGCCAGUGCAAAUCAGAGCCUCCGCUGCUGCGGACCAGUAAGAGGACCAUCUACACCGCCGGACGCCCACCGUGGUACAAUGAACACGGGACCCAGUCCAAAGAAGCCUUUGUUAUUGGGCUUUGUGGAGGCAGUGCUUCAGGGAAAACGACAGUUGCUCGUAAAAUUAUCGAGGCCUUGGAUGUUCCUUGGGUGGUUCUUCUGUCAAUGGAUUCCUUCUACAAGGUUCUGACGGCCGAACAGCAGCUGCUGGCUGCUAAUAACGAUUACAACUUUGACCAUCCAGACGCCUUUGAUUUCGGUCUGCUGGUACACACUCUCCGCAAACUCAAGCAGGGCAAGAGUGUGAAGAUCCCGGUGUAUGACUUCACCACACACGGACGGCAGAAAGAAUGGAAAACUGUGUAUGGGGCCAGCGUCAUUAUAUUUGAGGGCAUCAUGUCAUUUGCAGAUAAAGAGCUGCUGAAGUUGCUAGAUAUGAAGAUCUUUGUGGACACAGAUUCUGACAUCCGGCUGGUACGGAGGCUCAGGAGGGACAUCACAGAGCGCGGCCGGGACAUUGAAGGAGUGAUCAAACAGUACAACAAGUUUGUGAAGCCAGCUUUUGAACAGUACAUCGAGCCCACCAUGAGACUGGCAGAUAUUGUGGUGCCACGUGGUGGCGGCAACAUGGUGGCCAUUGAUCUUAUAGUGCAGCACGUUCACAGUCAGCUGGAGGAGAGAAAGCUCCGCUGGGAUAUGGCGGCCCUGGCAUCUGCCCAUCAGGCCCAGCCCCUUCCGCAGACCCUUAGUGUUCUGGAGAGUACCCCGCAGGUCCGCGGCAUGCACACCAUCAUCAGAAAUAAAGAGACCAGUCGAGACGAGUUCAUCUUCUACUCCAAGAGGUUAAUGCGGCUCCUCAUCGAAAGAGCGCUGUCCUUCCUUCCAUCUCAGGUUCACAUUGUUCAGACCCCACAAGGAGAAGAUUACGAUGGCCGAACCUUUCAUGGGAAGAGAAUUACGGGUGUGUCGAUUCUCAGGGCGGGAGAGACCAUGGAGCCCGCGCUUAGGGCUGUGUGCAAAGACGUCCGCAUUGGCAAAAUCCUCAUCCAGACCAAUCAGGACACAGGAGAGCCUGAGUUGCACUAUUUGCGUCUGCCCAAAGACAUCAGCGAGGAUCACGUGAUUCUGAUGGACUGCACUGUGUCCACCGGAGCGGCAGCCAUGAUGGCCAUCAGAGUUUUACUUGAUCAUGACGCUCAGGAGGAUAAGAUCCUGCUGGUGUCUUUGCUGAUGGCUGAGAUGGGCGUCCAUUCUGUGGCCUACGCCUUUCCUCAGGUCAAAAUCAUCACAACCGCCGUCGACAAGAAGGUCAACGACCUGUUCCACAUCAUCCCCGGCAUAGGAAAUUUUGGGGAUCGAUAUUUUGGCACGGAUGCGCCUCCAGACUGGAGCGAUGAUGACAUGGAUGAGCCCAGCUGCUGACGAGUGUCUGAUCAUCUCACCCGCUCAGACUGACGAAGCCAAUCUGAUAAGCACGCCGGAUAUUUGUACAUUAUAAAAUAUUUUUAUACUUUUUGGCACUCCCCAAACAGAAAUGUUUUAUGUGAAGUUUUUAUUUGUGAAGGUUUAUUUAGUUGGUUUUUUAAAUGUGAUUUAUUUAAUAAUAUUUACAGUACUGUCGUCUAAAAGCGUGUAGUGUUUGAUUCUGAAGCACGUGCAGUUGAUUUAUUUCCUUGCGUGUUUGCUGCCACUUUUGGAAUCUGAUGUUUAGUAUUUUUGGCACGUGUAUGCCUCGUCAUGGCAAACAGCGUGUCAUUUUUAUUAUUGUACUCCGUUUCAUGCAGCAGUCAAGCUUUCAGAGAGUAAAGUAAGACUCAAAGCGCUGCCUUGCUACACUUAGACAGUGAAUUUCUUUGAAGGACCACUUCAUCGGAAAAAAUGUGUGGGCGUUGCUUUUUAAUCUUUGCUUUCUCUCUCGCUUUACCUGCAGACGGCUGCUGACCAAACCACACGCUGUUAACAAUUACACUUUCACAACUGAGCACUGCAUUCUGUACAACUUAAACUUUUUUUUUUUUUACAAUUUUCUGCAAGGAUUUUGACAGUUGAGAUGUCGAGCUCAGUUUAAGGAUUUCUCUUAUCUAUUUAUCAAACAUAAACAUGAAGGAGCAGCUCCUGUUAAAUGUAGAUAGGAUCUGUAUUGCAGAUCAUCUGUAAUCGAGUUCACAUUCUGCAAUGAGAAUAACCUACACGUUUUUUGUUUUUGUUUUGAGCCACAAAAAUGCAGCAUCUUGCGUCUGUCCAGUGAGUCUAUAGCUGUCUUUACCAUAUAUGGCUGACAUCUGCUUGAUGUUCGCCGUCGCGUCGAGAACAAAACUAGCCCACAGGAAGUGUUGGUGUUUGGCCUGAAAUUUAAACCAAUGAGCAUUGUGCUUGCUCUUAUUAUGGAUGUUGCGUUGAUAUCUCGGUUUUAUCGUUUUUACUCCACUGAGCACUUUGAGAAAGUACCUAGCUUGAAGACAUUAGUUCAUCAUAGAAAUAUGAUGCGACUGUGUGUUUUAUUUGUUUGAUUUUAUGCUGACUCACAAUAGUAAACAAACAAAAUCCUGUACUGCAAUAUACAAAAAAAAAGUUGUCGUCUUUUUAAUGUUUGCUAUAAAAUGCGAACAAAUGUGGGAGCACUGAGAUCUGCGGUGGUCAUGCCAAGGCCUAGUGAAUGUAUCUACUGUGACUUUUGUCCUACAACAAGAAUAAUAGUCUAGGAUUUAUUUAGCUAUUUAUUUUAUUGCACUGUCAUUGCACACAUUCUGGAAUACUUGAUUCUGAUUGGUCAGUCUGAUAUUUUUGUGUAAAGACUGCUACACUGUAUAAUUGAUGUUCUGCAUAACAGUGACUCGUAUCCACACCUUGCAUAAUAAAUUCAUUUAAAAUCAA